GGAGGACCCUACUCCCCCAAGGCCCCCUUUUCUGGGUCAGGCCAGGAGAAGAUCCUGGAGAAGAGUCAGAGAGAACAAGUAAAUUCAAAUCUGUGGACUAUGCACAUGCCUCUGUGUAUGCCACUGGUUACAGCAUAUUCCUUCUGCUCCAGUUCCUGUCCCUGAAAGGUGUCUGGUUAAUUCUUACUGCCGUGGACCACUUUCUGCUGCCUGUCCCAGAUCACCAUCGCCACCUGCUCUAACAGCGAGAUAACCACUGAGCCACUGUUUCUUCUCUGAGGGACAUUGCCACGGUCUCUGGGCUCCAACAGUGGCAGUGAUGAUGGGUUUUCCAGAUUCCUCAAUGCCCAGAUGUCUUCUCUUCCUCCAACUCCUCCAGAUGGCCACGCUAGGCUCAGCUCAGUUUGCUGUGAUUGGACCUGCAGAGCCCAUCCUGGCCCUGGAGGGGGGAGAUGCUGAGUUAUCCUGUCACCUCAAUCCCAAAAUGAGUGCAGAGAUGAUGGAGGUCAGGUGGUACCGAGCCAAGUUCUUCCCGGCCGUGUAUGUGUAUCGAGCUGGGCAGGACACAGACAAAGAGCAGAUGGAGGAGUAUCGAGGGAGAACAACAUUAGUGAGAGAUGCUAUUGCAAAUGGGAGUGUGGCACUGAGAAUACACAAUAUCAGAGCUUCUGAUGAAGGAAGAUAUCACUGCUUUUUCCAGAGAGACGCAGUAAGCGAAGAAACCAUUCUAGAACUGCGGGUGGCAGGUCCCUUAUUCCCGAGGGCCUAUCCUUUGAUGGUGACUCUUGCUGUGACUCUUCCUGCACUAGGACUCCUUAUCACUGGGGGUCUUUAUCUCAUCUGGAAAUUGGACAGUGAUAAAGGAAAAUUCCAGGCUGAGCUCAGGUGGAGACGGGCCCUGUUCCCUGCUGAUGACAUCACUCUGGAUCCAGACACAGCUCAGCCCGAACUCAUUCUUUCUAAGGAUCUAAAAUGUGUGACCAGGGGAGACACAUGGCAGGACCUGCCCAACAUUCCUGAGAGAUUUGAUCCAAAGGCUCAGGUGCUGGGCCGUGAAGGCUUCACCUCGGGAAGACAUUGGUGGGAGGUGGAGGUGGGGGACAGGACCUGCUGGGAUGUGGGGGUUUGUAGUGAAAAUGUGACGAGAAAAGGGAUGAUCCCUGUGUCACCUAAGAAUGGAUUCUGGGCUAUAGGGUCAGAUGGAUCAAAGUACUGGGCCCUCACUUCAGCACUGACAUACCUUUCCGUGAAAAUACCACCCCACCGGGUGGUGGUUUACCUGAACCAUGAAGCCGGAGUCAUCUCGUUUUACAGUGGAACUGAUGGAUCCCACAUCUACACUUUCUUCCACACCACCUUCUCUGGGACUCUCCACCCUUUCUUCUUCCUUUGGUCCCAUGACCCAGGCCCCCUGACCAUCUGCCCUGUGCCCAGUGGGACUGUAUGAGAUCCAUCCCCUUCCCCCUCCCAGGAUGCCCAGUGCCCCCUAAGGGGAGGGACCUGCCUCAACUCCCACCCAACCCACACCUGAGGUUCCUCCUGCCCCUUAGGCUACAGAUCCCCUUCUGGUAACAGCUGCAGCUGCCAAUGUCCCCGGCUCUUCUAAUGCUCCCCCAGGGCAGGCACAAUCUGGGAGUCAUUGUCUCCCUGAUGCUGCUGCUGCUACUUCCAGGGAGGGCCCCCACAGGGGGCAGAGCUGAAGAAGACUGUGACACUCUGAUCUUGGACGGGACAGUGGUGUCCUGAAACUGCUGCCAGAACCACAUGCUUAGGACAGGAGGAUGGACAGGGCUGGAUUUCCCAGACACUGAGGCUUGGGCUAAAAAGGGAUCAUGAGACUGCCCAGCUCAUGGACUUGGGUCAUCUAGAGGGAGGGAAGACCUUUCUUGUGGAUCUUUCCACACCAUCCAAGUCAAUCCCUGACAUUCCAUCAUGUGAACCUGCAGAAACUGCAGAUUCUUUACAGGAUUCCCAUGACAACCUUAGGACAGUUUUUGUCUGUCCAUCUCCCCCGAUUAGACUGUAAGCCCGUCAAACGGCAGGGACUGUCUCUAUCUGUUGCCGACUUGUUCAUCCCAAGCGCUUAGUACAGUGCUCUGCACAUAGUAAGCGCUCAAUAAAUACUAUUGAAUGAAUGAAUGAAUGACUGGGCCCCUGAAGGCUCCCCCAUGGGCACCACCACGCUUGGUCAGGGAAGAAGAUGGUGAUGUAUAGGGGGAUGGGGAUGGCUCAGCUUUUGUCACAUCAGGGGAAAUUCACAACUGUUUGUGGGUAACAAGGCAGCAGAACAGCUCUCUGAACCUGGCUCAUCGUGGCUGGGCUCCACUGUCUCCCUCUCCACUGUCUCCCUCCAGCUCUGGGAUCCCACUGGGCCACUAUCACCCUGCUCUAGUCGUCCCUCCGCAUCAACCACUGAAUGACCUCUAACUGCUGACAGUUCCCCAGCCCCGUGAGUUUAUUGGAAACAGAUAACUUCAAACAGAGACCACCAGGCAAGAAGUCCCAGAGAGACCAAGGUGGGCUGGGAGUCCAUGGAGGCUGGAGUGGAAUCCAAAAAGAAAAUGACAACAAGACAAGGUCUGCUUCAGGAUGUGAGACUGUUUCCUCUGAUUCUGGAAGAAUCCAGACUGGGAGUGUUUGUAUCACUUCCGGGGAUUGGAUUUUCUGCCCUUUUCCCUUUGUCUCGGUGCUGAUGGUGAGAGUGUCUGCAGCAUCAGUGUCUUUUCCAUGCUGAUGACCUGUUGGUUCUGUCCCCUAGGUCUCUGAUCUCUCUGUUAGCUGCCAAUAAGGGCUUGUUUCAAACCCCCAAACUGUGUGUGUCUGCUAUGUUGAUUGGGUAGAAGCAAUGACAAUAGCAUAUACUGAG